AGAAUUUUCAAGGUCCGAAUUCGGAAAAAAAUCGCACUAGGCGGGCCGGCCCAUUCGAGAGCGGUAGUAAACAAAAGUGUGAUUACAAAUGCAGGGGUGAUUCUGUCUUGUCACCGACACCAACUAAUAACAAAGUCAAAAGACAAAUGAGACACCAAAAAACGCGGUUUCAAUUUCCAACGUCCAUGAACACAUCCAAUCCAGCUGGGAACAUCAAUAAUAUCAAUUAUAUAUUCCAACAAAAGGACCCUUUUUUAUUUAUUAAUAUUUUUAAUUAAUAAAAUAAUAAACUUUGUAUUGUAUGUUUAUAGAUCUAUUACUAAUAAACAAGUGUCCAUAUUUUUUUGGUCAUGAUAUGAUGAAUGAUCCUUGAAACUAAUUUGUCAAACAAACAACCUUUCUUGCUUUUUUUUUUUUUUUUUUUUGUGUUUAUAAACUUUCUGUUUCUGGGAAGCUUCUUGUGUGCAACUAAACUAUCUUAUGGAUCACUAAGAAGAAUAGACCAAUUUUCAAUAUAUCAUUCAUUGGGAUUGGAUAAAGGUUCUAGAAAUGGAAAGUUCCAAAAACAAUAAAUUGGAGAAAAGAAUUUAUGAUGUAGUUAAUGAUGAUGAUGAUGAUGAUACACAACACCAACUUGCUCAGUCCAAGAAGCCAAAAUUACCUGGUUUAGCCAGUGUAAUUGUGGAAGCUUUGAAGGUGGAUAGUUUGCAAAGACUCUGCUCAUCUUUGGAACCACUUCUCAGAAAAAUUGUCAGUGAAGAAGUGGAGCGUGCUUUGGCGAAAUUGGACCAUGCCAAACUAGGUGAUAGGUCUUCAAUACAAAGAAUAGAAGCACCAAGGGAAAAGAAUCUGCAGCUUCAUUUCAGGACAAGAAUGCCACCACACUUGUUCACAGGAGGGAAAGUUGAGGGAGAGCAAGGGGCAGUCAUCCAUGUUGUUUUGUUAGAUCCGAACACGGGCAAUGUUGUUCAAGUUGGACCAGAAUCAGUUGCUAAGUUGAAUGUUGUUGUACUUGAAGGUGAUUUUAAUGACGAAGUUGAUGAUGAUUGGACAAAAGAGCACUUUGAAAGCCAUGAGGUAAAGGAACGCGAUGGUAAAAGACCACUUUUAAAUGGAGAUUUUCAUGUUAGCUUAAAGGAAGGAGUAGGAACAUUAGGCGAUCUUUCUUUCACUGACAAUUCUAGCUGGAUAAGAAGCAGAAAAUUCAGGCUUGGUGUUACGGUGGCUCCCGGGUAUUGUGAUGGGAUUCGAGUGCGUGAGGGAAAGACCGAAGCAUUUGCUGUUAAAGAUCAUAGAGGAGAAUUAUACAAGAAACACUAUCCACCUGCUUUGCAUGAUGAAGUUUGGAGAUUGGAUCGGAUAGCAAAGGAUGGUGCACUUCACAAAAAAUUGAUUCAAUCAAGAAUAGUUACGGUAGAAGAUUUCUUGCGUCUUCUUGUCCGCGAACCUCAGAAAUUAAGAAGUAUACUGGGGAGUGGAAUGUCAAACAGAAUGUGGGAGAACACUGUGGAGCAUGCAAAGACAUGUGUCUUGGGUACUAAGCUAUUUGUUUACUACACUGAUGUAACUAAUAGUACUGGAAUUAUGUUUAACAACAUUUAUGAGCUGAGAGGCCUCAUUGCAGAUGGCCAGUUCUACUCUUUAGAAGCACUUACUCCAAAUCAAAAGAUGUCUGUAGAUUCCUUGGUGAAAAAAGCAUAUGAUAAUUGGGACCAAGUCAUAGAAUAUGAUGGAAAAGUGUUAAAUUCUUUGACUAAUUCCAAAAGGGGAUCAAGAUCUGUAGCAACUCAUACAAUGCAUCACAACAAUUUCCAAGAGCAGCAGUACAAAUCUGCGAAGGGAAGAGCGUCCUAUGUCUCAUCCGAACCAAAUCGACAUUUGCAAAUAACAAAUAACUACUCAUCAAGUCUUGAUUAUCAGAUGGUUGGGACAUCAAUAAAUGAUUCACAAAUAGCAUUACAAGGAACCAUGAAUUACAAUAUGAUAGGUGAUAAUAAUAAUAAUAAUCCUGAAAACGGAGGUAGUUAUUAUCACGGAGACUGGUCUAGGCAGAGAAAUGAACAAGGGUUGGAAGACAUUGUAGCCGAAGAGCUUCGACUUAGAAGCUCACAGAUGCUAGAGGGUGAUGAUAUGCAGAGGUUACUAAAGACAAUUAAUGAAGGUGCUAAUUUUGGUCAUUCUAAUGAGAGUUGUUACACCUACAGACUUCAGUAUGAGCCUCAAAUGUAUCAUUCGUUUGUCGAGGAUCCUGUCAAGUGCUCAGGGAAGGCCGUUGUUGGGUGGCUUAAGCUCAAAGCAGCAUUAAGGUGGGGAAUAUUUAUUAGAAAAAAAGCUGCAGAAAGAAGAGCACAGCUUACUGAAUUGAAUUAAGUUCAAACUUGAAAUGCUUGAACUCAUUUCACCAACUGCAAAAAUGAACAUGCUUACAGACAGAACAAAACCAACCAUACAAUUAUAUUAAAUAUUAGGUAGCUUUUCUUCCUUGUAACAAGCUCUCACGUAGUUAAUUUUAUUUUUUGGUUUUUACUUUAUAUUUUUCAUUAUGAUCUGUAUUUUCCAUUUGUUACUUAUAAGAAGUUUGUAUCUAAAGUUUCUUUUUCUUUUCUGA